CGGCAACCCCGCCGUGCCCACGGCCGCUGGACAGCGCCUGAGAGGGAGCGGGGCGCCUGGAUGUAAAGACGGAACCCCCACAGCAGCCGACGCCCCCCGGGUCGGAAGCGCGCCCCCCGCCGCGGCCAUCCCCCGCCGCCGCCUCCGCGGAGAGCUCCCAGCCGGCGCCGACCCCGCCGCCGCCCGCAGCCGCCCGCCCCGCCAGCCCCACCAUUCAGCGCGCAAGGUACCCGCCAGAUAUGCCCUGUGUGCAAGCGCAGUAUAGCCCUUCGCCGCCCGGUUCGAGUUAUGCAGCUCAGACCUACGCGUAUGGCUCGGAGUACAGCUCGGAGAUCAUGAACCCGGACUAUGGCAAGCUGAGCAUGGAGCUGAGCGGCACCGAGAUCACCGCCACCGCCACCACCUCCCUCCCCAGCUUCAGCACCUUCAUGGAGGGUUACUCUGGCAGCUACGAGCUCAAGCCUUCCUGCCUCUACCAAAUGCAAUCUGCCUCCUCCGGCCAGAGGCCCCUUAUCAAGAUGGAAGAUGCUCGUCUCUCUACCUACCAGCCCUCGCUGCCCCCCUCAGUGGAUGAGAGCAUGCCCAGCACCUCCAUGUACUUCAAGCAGUCACCUCCCUCCACACCCACCACGCCUGGCUUUCCUCCACACCAGAGCCUGUGGGAUGAGCCCCCGCUGCCUCCCACGCAGACCUGCCUGCCCCCUGGCCACCUGAUGGAGGCCGCCCCCAUGAAGACUGCGCCUCCGCGCUUCCCCCUCUUCCACUUCAAGCACUCUCCUCCCCACACGCCGCCGGCGGGACCCCACAUGUGCUACGACCCGGCCUCCCUGAACCUGCCACUGGGCUCCGACAGAUCACCGGCCGGCCAAGCGCCCAUGGAGAGCCACUCCUACGGGCUGCCCCUGCCCAAGCGGCCGGCCACCUUAGCCUUCUCACCGCUCGGCCUCAACGCAGCUGCCUCUGGCCUCAUGGGCGAGGCCAGCGGUGGUGGUGGUGGUGGGCUGCCCUCCCCGCCCAGCAGGAGUUCCUCGUCCGGGGAGGGCACGUGUGCCGUCUGCGGGGACAACGCUGCCUGCCAGCACUACGGUGUGCGGACCUGCGAGGGCUGCAAGGGCUUCUUCAAGAGGACAGUUCAGAAAAAUGCAAAAUAUGUUUGUCUGGCAAACAAGAGCUGUCCGGUGGACAAGAGACGCCGUAACAGAUGUCAGUACUGCCGCUUUCAGAAGUGUCUCAGCGUCGGCAUGGUGAAAGAAGUUGUCCGCACGGACAGCCUGAAAGGGAGAAGAGGUCGGCUGCCUUCCAAACCAAAGAGCCCCCUGCAGCAGGAACCUUCGCAGCCCUCCCCGCCUUCUCCUCCCAUCAGCAUGAUGAACGCCCUUGUACGAGCUUUAACCGACUCCACGCCCAGGGAGCUCGACUAUUCACGAUACUGUUCCACUGAUCAGGCUGCUGCAGGCACAGAUGCAGAACAUGUCCAACAGUUCUAUAAUCUUCUGACUGCCUCCAUUGACAUAUCCAGAGGCUGGGCAGAAAAAAUUCCAGGAUUUACCAACCUCCCAAAAGAAGAUCAGACAUUACUCAUAGAAUCAGCUUUUUUGGAGCUGUUUGUACUAAGACUCUCCAUCAGGUCUGAUACCGCUGAGGAUAAGUUUGUAUUCUGCAAUGGACUUGUGCUUCAUAGACUUCAGUGCCUUCGUGGAUUUGGGGAGUGGCUCGACUCUAUUAAAGACUUUUCCUUAAACUUAAAGAGCCUUAACCUUGAUAUCCCAGCCUUAGCAAGUUUAUCAGCUCUAACUAUGAUUACAGAACGACAUGGCUUAAAAGAACCAAAGAAAGUGGAAGAGCUAUGCAACAAGAUCACAAGCAGUUUGAAAGAUCACUUAACUUUCAGUUGCCAAAACAAAGGACAGCCGCUCGAGUCCGCAGAGCCUAAGGUACUGGGUGUUCUUGCUGACUUGCGCUCUCUCUGCACACUGGGACUGCAGCGCAUCUUUUACCUGAAACUGGAGGAUUUGGUGCCAGCCCCUUCCAUUAUCGACAGGCUGUUUCUGGACACCUUGCCCUUCUGAGUCCAGCCACCCUCCUGAAAGGCAAAUGCCCACCAGAGCAGGCAAAUGGAUCGUGACUUACCGCUAACAUUUCUGCCCUCACUUAACAGAAAAGCAGCUCCAGCUCUAAAAUGAGGUCUUUUCUGGCGCUUUGUCCUUACAACAUGAGGCCUAAAACUUACUGGCUUACUGUUUUGGGGUUGUGUUCUUUGUUGGGUUUUUUUUGUUUUUUUUUUUUUUUGUUGGGAUUUUCUUUGUGUGUGUGUGUGUGUAUGCGUGACUUGGGUUUUUUAAACGGCUAAUAUGGCACUUUUGGACAAUGCUAUCCCAGCAGCAGUAAAAGGUUAACACGACUGUUUCAAACCUGUUGUUUAACACCUCAUGGGACAUGAGGAAUACAGUGGUAGAAGCUGUGUGUUUGAAAACAAGAACAGCAAAUAGUUGUUUGCCAGGGCAGUAUGUGUUUUGUGAGGAUACCUUUAGCAUACUUCCUGCAUCAAGGGCACAUACAUCAGCACAAUCAAAACAAAAAUCUCACUUUUUUUAACAAAGUACAUUCAAUUGAACAUUUCAUUGAAAUCCAAUAUAGCAAAAUGACGAUGGCUGUUAGCUCCCAUGUUCAAGUGCAAUUUUUUAAAGUGCUGUCUUACUAAGUCUUGUUUAUUAACUAAUUUAUUUUAAUAUGAAAAUAAAAGGAAGAAACCAAGUGAGAAAUUGACGUGCACUAACUUACGUGACAGAGUUUUCCAAACUUGACUCCGUGUAGCGUGACUUACUGACAAAUGUCUGUGGGAGACACGGGAACGACCGCGGCUCAGUUGUUCCCUAGACAAGGAAAUGCGAGGAAGUAGUAGCUGGAGCGCACAGGGUCAGCAUCAGGGAUAGUUUGCCUUUAGACUUUAACAGAAGUACCUGGUUAGUAAACAGACGCACGAUGGGUUUCAAGAACAAGCGAGUCUUGUAAAAUAGUAUGAAUGUAAGUGCUAGGAAGGAUAUAGUGAGCUGCGUUUAAACAUUCCGUGUUCGUACUCCUUUUUGUAUGUUUAUACUGUUGAUGCCAUAUUAAUAUGAAAUAAUUUGUUGCAUAGUGUCUUUAUUUGUAUAAACGUUUGUAUGCAUGGUAUAUUGUAUUGGCUUUGCCUGUAUUUAUUGCAAUGACUGCCAGCUCGUAGGAGCCCUGUUACACACGAUAAGGAAAUGGGGUGUUCACACUGACUCAGAUACACCAGUUGGAAAACUAUAUACAUAUAUAUAAUGUGUAUAUAUAUAUAUGUAUAUACCUAUAUUUGUGUGUAUGUGUGCGUGAGCGUGCGCGUGUCUUUUUAUUAACCAUUUGUAUAUAAAAUAUCUGUCAGAUCACAAGCAGAGCUAUUUUACAGUUCAUUUGCAGUGACUUCUAAGGCAGUACUGUUUAGCACUUUGAUAUUAAAAUCUUGCUCAUGUUUUGCUAAAUUCAAAUAAUAUUUAAAAAUUUUAGUUCUAAAAAAAAAAAAAAAGAAAAACUUUAUAUGCACUGUAUUAAGUCAAAAUUUUGUUGGUCAUUUUGCUAAGGAAAUUUUUGAAUGUCAACCUGAUGUCACUGUAUCUUUUGUUAGCUUUAAACAUUCUAGCUUUUGUCUUUUUUUAAACUAUGCUGUUUAUAUGGAAAUUAAAUUAUACAAUCAAACAGAUGCCAAAUGAAUUGCCUAAUUGCUGCAAAGGAUAACCCAGAUAUCGAGUCACUGUAUGGUUUUCAAAUAGUAAUCUGGUAUUUUAUCACUUACUAUGUUUGGAUGUGCUUUUAUGAAAAAAUUAUUCUUAUAUCAAGAUUUAUAGUAGUGUCAAUAGGGAAACAGACUUCUAAUCACUAUAGUUAAUAUUUCCGGUUUACCUGCAGAUAAUAUUUGGAAAAGUAUUGCUUUUUGUAUUGACUUUUAAGCUUAUGUGCAAACAUAAUAGCAUAAUUAAAUAUCAGAGAAGCUAAUGUUUCUUGUAGGUUGCUGUAACAAGCCUGACCAGCAAGACAAAUAUAUUUUGACUGAACUUGCUUUUGUAUAUACUAAAUAUAUAUAUAUAUAUACAUAUAUAUAUAUACACACACUCACACACAUGUGCGCAUACAAAAACAUACAGAAGCCGAAUCAGAAAGUAUGUUUACCUUUGUCUCCUUGUGUCAGACACAAGGUCCCUUGGGAAAUCACUUCUGCCUAGGGACAGAGCCUGCCGGGCGCUGAGCACCAGUGAAGGGGCCGCGGACACUCCUUGUGAGCGGGCCCUUCCACUGAGUUUUCAGCACAGUACAGUGAAAUCGCUUUUUGUUGAGCGAGGUUUAUUUAUUCAGUGGGAUGUGAACGGAGGGAGCAGGUCCAGAGCCCCACGUGAGAUUUCAUGUAGCCGGUGUGCUUCAGUCUUCCAUGGAUAGUCUUAACUGUGAUACUCUCCCAUUCCUGUCACCUACCGAACCGUCCUUCAUUUCAACUCCAGUGCACAGACCCAUCGUAGAGUGCAGCCAGUGACAGGUCACGAUGGUGAAAGAAGAAUAAAUGCAGAAUAAAUCUCCUACCUUCCUCACAGCUCUCUCAGUGUGAACAUGCCUUUGUCUAGGCAGAAAUCAGGAAUAUAUCAGGUGUUAAGGGAGAGUGCCUUGCUUUUGUUUCAGACAACAGUGUUUCAAGAGUUUCUUCACUCCGCUAACUGCAGUACUUUCUUCUUUUUCCUUGUUUUCCUUUUUCUUUCUGUGGUGUUAACCUGUGGGUUGAAAGAAACGCUCUUGUACAUAUACAAUGUAAAUUAAAAUUAUUAAAUUGAAUAACGUUUUUUUUCAGAGGCCCCAUGUGUGUUGAAUAAGUAUGCUUAAUUCUGUUAAAAUCUGAUGUGAAUUUUUUAUCAUUUAUAAAACAUUAAAAAAUUGUGUACUUGAGUCUUAA